AUGAGUAACGAUUCACAAUUAAGAUCUAGAUUUGGUUCUGAAAUAUUUCAAGUACCACAUACUGUAGAAAUGUUAACAUCGGUCUUUGAUCCAAAAUGUAAAAAAUCUUUAUUUGAUUACAUCACCUUUUCAGUAAUUGGUUUUCAAAUGUUGCUAUUUUUUGUACUUCCAUCAUCAAGCAAAAAAUGGACUUUCUUUUUUCUUUUUGCUUUUUGGAGAAGUGCAUAUAAUGUGGGAUUGGGUUAUCUAUUAAAAUAUCAGAGUGAUAAGCGUGGAUUGGUUAUUUGGGCAAAACGUAAUAAGAUUUUUAACAAAGAAAACUCGAAAUGGUAUUCCCUCCUCAAGAAAGAAUUAAGUACAAAAAUGGGUGAUGAUUAUGAUUUUGAUAGAGUUCCUUUGGAGUUUAAUACUUGGCUUCUAUUUCGACAAUUAGUUGAUUUAAUUCUUCUUAAUGAUUUUACUUCAUACAUUUUCUUUGCUCUUUCAAACUUUGGCAUUCCAGAAAAUUCAGGGAUUUUUAUUAACUUGUUACGCUGGAUAGGUGGUUUUUUCUUAUUAUGGUUUAACAUUUGGGUAAAAGCUGAUGCUCACCGUGUAGUCAAAGAUUUUGCUUGGUAUUGGGGUGAUUUCUUUUUCCUUAUUGAUCAAUCACUCACCUUUGAUGGUGUAUUUGAAAUGGCACCACAUCCCAUGUAUUCUGUUGGUUAUAUUGGUUAUUAUGGUAUUUCUAUGAUUACGGCAAGUUACACUGUGCUGUUUGUAAGCUUAGCAGCUCAUGCAGCACAAUUUGCAUUCUUAACCAUUGUAGAAAAUCCUCACAUUGAUAAAACGUACAAUCCACUGGUGUCACUUAACGCUAAACUUUCAAAAUCAUUAUUGACAGAAAAACAUGAAUCAAAUAUUAUUUUAGACAAAGAUAGUGCUAAUGGUGCAGGAAAAUCUACAUUAUUAAUGAUCUUGGCUGGUAAAAGAAUGGUAAGAAGUAAAGUUCUUGUACUUGGGAGAGAUUCAUUUAAUGAUCCAGUUCCAGGGAUUAGAUAUUUAGGAACAGAGUGGGCAAAUAAUCCAACAGUAAAAGGUGAUGUAAUGGUAUCAACAUUAUUAUCAAAUAUGAAUGGUGACAAAUAUCCUGAAAGAAGAGAUGAAUUAGUUGGAAUUAUGGAUAUUAAUCCUAAAUGGCGUAUGCAUCAAUUAUCAGAUGGACAACGUCGUAGAGUGCAAUUAGUGUUGGGGUUGAUUGAACCUUGGAAUAUUUUAUUAAUGGAUGAAGUGACUGUUGAUCUUGAUGUUUUGGUUAGAUCUGAUUUGUUAAGAUUUUUAAGAAAGGAAUCAGAAACUAGAAAAGCUACUAUUGUAAGGUUGGGUGAUUGGCCAUCUCAUAUAGCUCAUAUGAAAGAUGGAGCAAUUAUAACAUUUCAUAAAAAAUUAUCACCUGGAAUCAUAUCACUCCUUCGUAGAAAUAUGGUUUCACCAUUGUUAAAAGUUGUAGAACAAUGGUUAAGAGAAGAUUUUUUAGAGUUGAAGAAAAGACGUGAAUUAGAAAAACAAAAAAUAGAAAAUGAAAGAGAUAAAGUUUUAUUAGGUGAAGAAAAUCCAAAAACAAAAUGGGAUAGAUUAAGCGAAGAUGCUAAUACUCAUGGUGAUAAAUAUUAUAAUUACUGGAAUAAAAAUUAG